UUUCAACGUGUGUGUCAUUUUGAUAUUGCAGCACCCGUAAGAUGCGUAUCCACACGUGCUACUUCUGCUCGAGCCCCGUGUACCCUGGCCAUGGCAUGGCCUUUGUCCGCAACGACUCGAAGGUCUUCCGCUUCUGCCGCUCCAAGUGCCACCGCAACUUUAACCGCAAGCGCAACCCGCGCAAGGUCAAGUGGACCAAGGCGUUCCGCAAGGCUGCUGGCAAGGAAAUGGCGCUCGACACGACGUUCGACUUCGAGAAGAUCCGCAACCGCGCCGUCAAGUACGACCGCGACCUUGUCGGCGCGACGCUCCAUGCGAUGGCGCGUGUGCAGCAGAUCAAGGAGAAGCGCGAGGCUGCAUUCUACAAGAACCGCAUGAAGGACUCCAAGGCCAAGCAGAAGGCCCGCGACGUGGCCGAGAUCGAACAGAACAUCAGCUUGAUCAAGCCCGAGAUUGUCUUUGCCAAGGAGCGCGCCCAGCUGAACGCGGCCGACAACGAGCGCGUGACCAACGCGGUGGGCGGCGACGAGGGCAUGGAAAUGGAAGACUAAGUCUUUCGUAUCUAGCCGUGUAUUUCAUUAAUAUAGUCUCCAUAAUUUUGACGCUA